CAACGGAACCAUCUGACCACCAAACCCCCGUUUCUCUUCCGUUCUCCUCUCUCUCUCUCUCAACUCGCUUGACCCUUCCCUCCCUCUGCAGGAGCAUUUAAUUGCGAUUAGCGAAGAGCUGAAAUGGAAGUGAAAUUGGUAAUUAGUACCGACGCGCGAGAGACGUGAGGGGCCCAGAGAGGAUAAUCAGGACCGUUGGAUCUCGCCGGAGGAGUUACUGGUGGCCGUCCGAUGGUUGAGGUUCCGGGCGCUUUGGGGACCAAAGUCAGCCUUUUUCUCAGGCUAGGGCAAGUGGUUUUCUCCUCUGCUUCCCUCCUCUUCAUGUCCGUUGGGGUUCAAUUCUACAGCUACACAUCCUUUUGCUUUCUAGUCACAAUCAUGGGUUUGGUGAUUCCGUGGAGCACUACGCUAACUAUGCUAGACAUGUACUCUCUUUUCAUAAGAUGCCCUGUUCGAGUACCAGGUAUAAUGGUGAUUGUGGUUGUAGGAGAUUGGGUUUUAUCAAUAUUAUCACUGGCAGCAGCCUGUGCAAGCGCUAGUGUUGUUGAUCUUCUUGCUCACUUUGAUAGAAGUUACUGCCCUCUAAGGCUUUGUGGAAGAUACCAGAUAUCUGCGUCGAUGGCUUUUGUAUCUUGGUUCCUAACUGCUAUUUCAUGUCUUUUCAAUCUUUGGUUUGUAGCCUCCAGUUCUUGAUACAAUUUUGGCUACUCAAAUUUUGUAGAGCCGCAAAGUAAAAAAUAAUUUUCAGGACAUAAGUUUUGUAUAUAAUAUAAUCCCAGAGCUGGGGCACUGUGCCAUUGUUAGGCAUA